GUAACUAGGGAAAAUCUCGCGUGAUGAUCAUGCCUGUCGAUGUGAAGAAAAGUGGAAAAGCGAAUGAUUGAUGCAUUGGGAAAACGGCUUGUUAGUUAUGUUUCGACCCGCGUCCACUAAAUGUUAUUACAAAGCGUAUCAAAAUUACAGGAUUUCAGUAAACAAACUGCAUUUCCCCGCUUCCUCUAAAGGUAUAAGACGGCCCAAGGGGGUUCAGUAUUACGGUUGAAUUUUUGCUUGCUAAUUCGGUUAGCCAUGCUAACGCUAGCAGGUUAGCUUUGUUUACAUCAAGUGCGCGCCUGGAAUCUUACUAAUCGCCAACUAAGCUUAAUUUCGGGGUCUCUACAAGAGCUUGUUGUUCAGUGUAAAAUCGACUAGGAGGCUUUUUGGAUACUGGAUGGGCUCCAUGGCUAGGACCAACCAGUUAUUGAGUAAAACGCUUGGCUUGAUGUCGUAAGCUAAUGCUAGCAGGAAAAUGCUAACCUUUUGAUCAUGGGUAGUGUGGUUAUUUAAUUCACUGUUAGCUGUAAGGUGUAGCUAGACAUGAUGUGUGUUAUCGUAGCAAAGUAUCUUAAAUGUUCGAAUUAAUACCACCUUUAAAUUGGAUCUGAAACAUUGCAUUUUUAAAUGGUAACGAUACAAACCGGUGAUGCUAACUUCAGCUAGCCACCUGCCGUGCUAACGUGCGCGUUUAGUGAUAACCGCUUCACCAUGUACGCUGUCUAUUAUUAUGUCUAUUAUUAAUUCAUAUGGCUGCAUUCAUACACCCAGGUGACUGAUUGUUGCUGCACCAUUCAUUUUUCCCUCGUUUCCCAUCCACCCUGAGACUUGGCUAGUUUUAGCUCCGUCGCAGCGAGUGGCUGGCUUUUUUUCCCGGGCCGUGUUUCCCUAAGGCUGCGGAGUAUACCGCUAUGAACCCCGUUAAUGCAACCGCUCUGUACGUGUCCGCCAGCCGGGCCGUGCUGCAGUGUGACCCACGGCAGCCGCACAGCUUCUCAGAGAUGUACAAACUACUGCCCUUCUUCCGACAGUCCCUCGCAUGCCUUGUCUGUGGUAAACUGCUCCAGGAUCCCAUUUCCCCAAGUCAGUCAGACUGUCAGCAUUAUGUGUGUUUGGGCUGUAAAGGCCAGAAGAUGCAGAUUAGGCCAUCGUGCAGCCGAUGUAAGGACUACUCUUGCUUCCAGGAGAACAAACAGCUGUCGUUGCUAGUGCAAUGCUACAGGAAGCUCUGCCUCUAUGUUACUCAUUCGCCCCUGCUGCAGUCAAUAAGCAGCCAUGUGGGCGGGUCUCCAGAGGUUAUGGCCUUGUUAGAGGAGGUGCUAAUGUCAAGCGAAAAGGACACUGAGGACCUGAGCGUCGGACAGGAAGACGUGAAUCCCGCUGCCCCGGAGUCCCUCACUCCCACAGAAGCACCGCCUGUUCCUGCAGAGCUUUCCGCUGUGCCCCAGAACUCCUCCUCUCAACCUCCUUGUUCUAACGGACCACCAGAAUGCAAUGGUGGCGUACUGGAGGACCUGGAUCCCUCUUCCCCAGAGCUGGAAGUAUGUGAGCUGGUAGAGGAGCAGCCCCCUUCAGUCCUCUCUGUGUCUAGUGCAGGUUGUGGUGGUCUGGAACUGAGUUUGACCGCUGCACCUUUAGCCCCAACUCCAGGCACCGUGUGCUCACUCAGGGAUGGGGAGUCUGGUAGCAGGGAGCUGGAGGAAGGAGAGGUGUUGCUCCUCAGCGUCGAGGAGGUUUUACAGACUUUGGACCCGCUUCAGCCUGGUAGAGAUUCCCCUCACACUCAACCAGAAAGGACGCACACUCACAUAGCCACGGACAGAGCACACACUCAAAUGUACAUACAGUUGGACGGAGCUCACAACUACACACAGAUUCAGACAGACAGGACUAAUACAGUGUCAAGUCACGGUGCUCACAUACACACAUCUUCCUUCGACCCCCCUCCAACUUCCAGGCCCCCGCCGGUCCGCCUUAACCGUAAACGAUCUCGUUCUGAGAGCGACAGGGAAAAGGUGAAACCCCUCCCAAUCUCAUCCAUUCUGCAGGGCUCUUCUUCACAUGUACACACUCCAAACCCCAUUCACACACUACACACACAACCACCUGCUCCUUCCAUAACUGUACCAACACACACGUAUUCUUCCCUUCCGAACGGUGCACCUCCCAAGACCAGUCGCCCUACGCCAAACCACAGUAAAGGAGCAAAGCAUGUUGAUCCUGGCCCUAAGAAACCCCACACCAAGGCCCGCAGCAGUGGAGCCUCCAAGGCCAAGGACCGAGGCAAAGACCAGCGGGUUCUGUCAGGAUGCCUGAUGCCCCCUGCUCCCGUCAGACCUCCAUAUAAGAAACCAGUGGAGAAGAAGGGCUGCAAGUGUGGCAGGGCCACUCAGAAUCCCUCUGUACUGACCUGUAGAGGGCAGCGCUGUCCUUGUUACUCAAACCGCAAGGCGUGCUUGGACUGUAUCUGUCGUGGUUGUCAGAAUUCCUACAUGGCCAACGGUGAGAAGAAGCUGGAGGCCUUCGCCGUGCCGGAGAAAGCCUUGGAGCAGACGCGGCUCACGCUCGGCAUCAACCUUACCAGCAUCACAGCAGCCGCAGCGCUCCGUAACCCGGCGACCACCAGCAUCCGCGCCAACACCCUCCUGAACGUUACCACGGCGACGGGAACACCUGUAACCACAGCCUUCCUGUCCCCCAGCCCCCCCCAAGAACCCAACUACGAGGACAGCCUGGAGCUGCUGAUCGGAUGAACGACUGGGCCCCGAAAAUGAAAAAACAACCACAGACAGCUUGGUGCUGAUUGAAUGUGACAGCUGGUCAUUGUGUCUGUCUGAUAAACCUGUACCUCCUCCCUCAGAGGGGAGGCGAUCUAAGGCAGCUAUGGGUCUGUCCUGUCUUGUAAUCUGCUCUUCUUCUUCUGUGUUGAAAAAUGCUGAGUAGUAAGACUAGCAUGGGUGUGCCAAAGCCUCCUGUAUUGUGCCUGUGUGUGUCAGUGUGUUAUUGCCUGUCUCUAGUUAAACACUUAUAUUCGGUUCCAAGGCUGUUCUGUACUCAGAGGUGCUUUUUGUUUAUGGACUACAUACAUACUGUAAGAGGCAAUAGGAUCCCAUACCAGGGUUUGUGUUUUAGGCUACAUCCGCACUGAUAUGUUUUUGCUUUGAAACGCAGAACUUUUUCUACAUUACCAUUUAGCAUCAACAAUACUUUGGCAUUUUAGCCUCCGGAUGACAUUUGGAAACACUGCGGAUACUGUUUAAUCUUAUAAACCUUUAUUACAUUCAUCACACACUUUUCACUUGACUUUUUCCUGGAGAAAACCGGUCCUCGCCCUUGUUGAUUAGCUGUUGAUUCAACAUAGUUACAAGACAUUCUAUUCUUGUACACUCUGUUAGUGGCUGCCCCCCACCCCCACCCCAACAUACUACUGAUUACUUUGUUGAGAAAGCUGCAACGACUUCUUCGUCCACCUUCAGUCUCAUCUUUAGUUUGGAGAUUAUUUCUAAAAUGUCCUAAAACUCUCAUGUGAACAAACAAAAACACUGCAGUGCAGAUGUAGCCUUAGCAUACGUGCACAAAUGUAGAUUUCAGUGUGUGCAUCUUAACAACAAAACCCGUACUGUCAUAUCUGUCACACAUCACAGCAUAUUCUCUGUUUAUUACUCUGUGUGCGUUCCAUAAUCGGUAUCAGGACGGCCUUUACUAAUCCUUAACCCUGUAUGUGUUGACAACUUAAUCGUGAAUGAAUCUCGUGACUAAUCUACGGAGAAUUUUUAUCCCACACAAGACUGUAUGCCUUUUUCUAUCUCAUGAACUCACUCGAUCCAAGUACUGUUGGCUGUUAAUAAUGAAUUUUGUCUUAAUGAACUUGACUGAUGCAGGCAUUGUACAGGCAGCGUGAUAAUGUCAAAGCACUUGGCUGGCUCCACGUUUUUUUGCGUGAAAAAGUGUAUGUGAGAUUUACUGUAACGUCAAAACUUUAGUGGGGAUGGUGUGUGUGUAUGUGUUUUUUACAUAUAUAUAUAUAUAUAUAUAUAUAUAUAUAUAUAUAUAUAUAUAUAAACACACACUGGAUUUGUAAGCACUUAGUGUGAUUCGAUUGGCCAAAUUACAAGUUGAAACCAUAGCAAUAGGAGCACCGACAAGGAGCCUCCCAGCCCUUGUGCACACAUGCAGUUGUUUACAGUAUUUGCCAUUUCUAGACUAUAACUGACUGUCUUCUCAAAUAUUACAUUCUGUUUCAAAUAUGGGAUUGUACAUGACUGUGUUUAGAUAAACUGAAGCCAUAGGUUGUUAAUUACAAGACAGAAUAUCCUCUACAUGUGCAUUUUUUCCCUCCUCGUAGUGUCCCGACUGAAAAGAGACCAACUAAGAAACUAUUUUUGAUACCAAAUGUUUUCGAUUUGGUUCCACUGUGUUUUUUUUGUUUUUUUUUAAAGCAUUAGUGUUUUGGAUAAAAGCACCUUGACACCCUCCUAUAUCUAAAUGAGGCUGUGUAUUGUCUGUGUUUGUGUUUACUGUCUCAGCUGUAACUGCAACAUUUUUGUUAGUCCAGUCAUGGUGACCAAAAAAGAGAGAGACUGAAGGAGAGAGAGAGAGAGAGAGGACUCAGGCUGACCAAACUAAACACCUUGGUUCUCCCCUCACACACAGACCAGGAAGCAGCAGGCGCUUACAAGUAUGAUCAGCCAGUGUGAUCUAUCUUCCUGCGUUUGUUUAUGUUUCAAGAUGUAUUUCUUUUGGGCAUUACUUGAACCCUGAUUAGUUCUUGUUUAUUUUUUUCUUUUUCUUUUUUUAAGUAAAAGCUCUUUGUUUGAGGAGUGACUCUAAUUAUUGCUGAAACAUUCACUGCCAUAAUAUGGAAACAUCAUGUAAUACAACAUGAAUUAAAUGAUAGUUUUUUACUUUUUCA